AUGAAAUCGCAAAGCAGUCUGCAGAUGGGCCUCGGUGAGUGGAAACCAGUACUCUAUGAGUUACGGCCUCCAAACGAGAAACCAACCCGGAUGGACCGAAAUGGAAUUGAAUUGCGUUCUGACGAAUUUGAUACUCUUGAUGGUUCACUGUGUCGCCCAUCGAGCCGACUACCAUGCGACACUACACGAAGAGGCUACACGGCAGGAUGCAAGAUCCAAUUGGGUUGCGAAGUGCAAGAUGUGAACUUUGAUCAAGCCUCCGUAAUCUUGAACGACGGGUCAGUAAUUGCAGGAGACAUCGUGGUGGCCGCAGACGGCCUUUGGUCGACGCUGAGAGACAAAAUCCUCGGCCAACCAUCUCCUCCCCUCCCUACUGGGGACCUGGCAUAUCGAAUGACACUUCCUGCGGACGCCCUAAGGGCCAUCGCAGACCAGAAUGUCCAGGAAUUGCUCCGGUCGAAUCUGUCCACCGUUUGGCUCGGACCGGACAGACACUGUGUCUUGUAUCCGAUCCGCAACCGCUCCCAGUGGAGUUUAUUUCUGAUGUAUGACAUGCCACCUGCCAGCUGCCACCAGUAUCCAGAAGCCAGACAACAAUCCAACCAUGGAGCCGAUGGUUAA